AUGAAGGACAUAUUCGCAACCCUCCUCUACAUCUCAGCUACACUCGCUACCUCAAUUCCCCACGAUACUCCGAAUCCCCCAGACUCCAACCUAACCCUCAUCCUAAGCGGCUCAGGAGACAACCAAUACUGGCUUCUCAACGAAUCGAACCUCCCUCCCUCAAUCCCCCUUCUCAAUACUUCCACCAAAAUUUCCAGAAAAAGCCCCCAACCCAACGCCAACACCGAGAGUGUUGAAUGCCAUGGCUGGCACCAAGCCUCGGAAGGCGAAUGUCGCAAAUUCAUGCUUGCUAUCCGCAACAAUCGAGCCUCUAUUCCUGACUCUCCACGAGAUAUCAGAUACCGUGGUUGUUAUGUUAGUUGGUCCAAACCGGCAACGGGUUCCCUCUCCUUCUUCUACGACGCCUUUGUCGAGAUUUACAAUGCCUGUGAGAGGAAUGGAUGGAUAUCGGGGUUGAAGAGAAAGGUCAAUAUUGGUGGGACGUUGCUUACGCAAUGUCUUUCGGGAAGGCCGUGGGGGUGCAGGCUCUGGAAAGUAUCUCGCUUCUUCAGCGGCCUUCAAUAG